AUGAAGGACUACUCAGAUGUCAUCCUGCGUGUGGAGGCGACAGAGCUGAGCAAGACUGAGUUCUGCAAUCCUGCUUUUGAGCCUGAAUCAGGGUCGCCCUGCCCUCCACCAGCCUUCCGGGAAGAUGCCAGCUGCAGCCUCCGAGCCCCCUGGCAUGGUCGGCGUCCCCGAGGACCACAGCCAGACUGCCACUUCUCCUGGCUCUGUGUCCUCCUGCUCACCGGCCUGCUGCUGCUGCUGCUUGGGCUCCUGGUGGCCAUCAUCCUGGCCCAGUUGCAGGCGACACCCCCAUCCACAGCCUCCUAUAGCCCACUGCCUUCAAGAGGUCUCGGGACCAGCACCAGGACCACCCUCACCACCAUCACCACCUCUCAGGCAACUGGGACCCCUCAAGGGCAGCAGGAGGCAGGCAUGAGCCCCACACCCCAGUCCACCUGCGGGGGGCUCCUUUUUGGCCCAAAGGGCUUCUUCAGCAGCCCCAACUACCCAGACCCUUACCCACCCAAUGCCCACUGCACAUGGCAUAUCCAAGUGGCCCCAGACCACGCAGUACAGCUCAAGAUUGACACUCUUAGCAUGGAGAGUGUGGCUUCCUGUCUUUUCGAUCGCUUGGAGAUCUCCCCUGAACCUGAAGGCCCCCUUCUCAGGGUUUGUGGGAGGGUGCCUCCCCCAACACUCAACAUCAAUGCCAGCCGCCUCCGGGUGGCCUUCGCCUCUGACAGCAGUGUGGAAGGACUCGGUUUCCAUGCCUGGUACCAGGCUGUGGCCCCUGGGCAUGGGAGCUGUGCCCAUGAUGAGUUCCCCUGUGACCAGCUCCUCUGCCUGCUCCCCAACUCAGUGUGUGAUGGCUUUGCUAACUGUGCUGAUGGCAGUGAUGAGGCCAACUGCAGUGCUGAGUUCCCAGGGUGUGGGGGGAAUUUGACUGGGCUCCAGGGCGCUUUCUCUACUCCCGACCAUCUGCAGCUGUCCCCUCAUCAACAGCUUUGCACAUGGCAUAUCUCUGUGCCUUCUGGACACCACAUAGAACUGCAGUUCCACAACUUCAGCCUGGAAGCUCGGGAUGAAUGCAAGCUUGACUAUGUGGAGGUGUAUGAGACCAGCAACUCAGGGGCCCUCAGCCUCCUGGGCAGGUUCUGUGGAGCAGAGUCACCGCCCCGCCUCAUCUCCUCGCACCAUGAACUGGCUGUGCUCUUUAGGACAGAUCACGGCAUCAGCAGCAGGGGCUUCUCAGCCACCUACCAGGCCCUCAAUGCCACAGAAAACCCCUGUGGACCCAGAGAGUUCCCCUGCCAGGAUGGAGGGUGUAAGGAUCUGCAGUGGAUGUGUGACAUGUGGAAAGACUGCACAGAGGGCAGCAAUGACAACAACUGCAGCAGCCCCCUGUUCCCACCCCCAGAACUGGCCUGUGAGCCUGUCCAGGUGGAGAUGUGCAUCGGUCUGAGCUAUAACACUACGGCCUUCCCUAACAUCUGGGUGGGCAUGGCCACCCAGGAGGAGGUGGUAGAGGUUCUCAAAGGCUACAAGAGCCUGACAAGCCUGCCCUGCUACCAGAACUUCCGAAGGCUCCUCUGCGGGCUGCUUGUGCCCCACUGCACCCCAAUGGGCAGUGUCCUUCCCCCCUGCCGCUCUGUCUGCCAGGAGGCAGAGCGCCAGUGCCAGUCUGGCCUGGCACUACUGGGCACCCCUUGGCCCUUCAACUGCAACAGGCUGCCUGAGGCAGCUGGCCUGGAGGCGUGUGCCCAGCCCUGA